GUACCAUCAAUUUAGUGAGCCACUGUAUGGCUUUUGACACUUUCGUGGAAAACAAACGUAUCUCUGGGAGUUUAUACCAGUUUAUAAAAAAACAAACACUGCACGAUCAGUGGGGAAUCCCACCGAGAGGACCUACAGGCUUCCAAAGGUUACCAACACACAGCCCUGCCCUGUAGCUGAUAACCGAAACGGUAUGCACUAUACCAAGCAGUCCCUCAUUCGUGCCAUUUGUGGCUUGCGGAUAGGAAGCACUCUUGCAAAACAUACUCGCGCUAAACAAUAUGGCGUCAUUGAUGUGGUGGACUGUUUCGGCGUUGUGCUUGGCGGCUGGAAUUGUGGCACAGAACGUCGAAGUGAGCACCAACAGUGAACAGUUCUGCACCACGAGCAAGGGCGAGGAUGGCAUCUGCGUGUAUCAAUAUCAGUGCACGGACGGUGUGGUUAGUCAUUCGGGAGAGAAUAUCAUCGAUAUCAGACAUCCACUGGAUGACUGCAAUGAUCAUCUGAUGCAGUGUUGUGCGGAGCCGAAACAGGCUACUACCAUCCCGCCGAUCACGGACGGCGAUGCGGAUGAUCAAGUAACGAUUGUUCCUCCAUCGUCAACAGCGUCACCUACAACAGCGGGUGACGGAGAUGCAAACGACACUCAGCAAGCGUCGAAAAGACCACCGGUACACAUCCCACCGUAUGAGAUCGAGGGUUGUGGUCACCGGAAUCCGCACGGUGUGAUCUUCACGAUCGAGAACAAUCAGUUCAGUGAGUCCGAGUACGGGGAAUACCCUUGGACGGUGGCUAUAUUUGCUCGCACCAAGACGGAAAGUGCGCUCAAGUACCUGUGCGGCGGUGCGCUGAUCGAUCGGGCCGCCGUACUCACCACGGCCAGCUGCCUACACCCGUACCGGUCCGAUGUGUCCUCGCUGGUGGUGCGGCUCGGUGAAUGGGACAUGAGUACGGUGCGCGAACCGAUACCCCACAUCGACAGUGAGAUGGAAAGGAUCUACCUGCACCCGCAGUACAGUAUGACAAGCAAGGUCAACGAUAUCGCGAUCGUCAUCUUGGGCGAUACGGUCGAGUUGAAUCACACGGUCGGGGUGGUGUGUUUGCCACCGGCUGGCAUGGUUCCCUCGACUGGUACCGACGUGACCGGUGUCGGAUGGGGUGAGGUACCGAACUUUGUCGUGCCGCGGAAGCUUCCCCAGACGAUCCUGAAGAAGGCGCAACUGCACCAUCUGUCGCACGAGCUGUGUCAGCAGACGCUGCGCAAGCUGAUGGGACGCCGGUUUCAGCUGCAUUCGAGCUUCCUCUGCACCACGGCACAGGACGCGGAGAUGUUGCCGUGCCGGGGCGAUACGGGCUCACCGUACAUGAUGGAGACGGUGCCUGGUAGCGAACGGUACUAUCUGGUCGGGCUUAGCUCGUGGGGCUACGACUGCAAUAAGCAGGCUACACCGACGGUCCUAACGAAUGUGGCGUACCAUCGCGACUGGAUCGAUGGCGUGAUAAAGGGUGAAGAUCUCAACAUUUGGAGCUACACGUACGAGAAGGAGCUGCUGGAGGGGCAGCAGCAACAAAAUGCUGUAGAUCAAAGCAGUGACGAAGAAUAAAGUGGAUGUUUUUGGAAAA